GACAAUGCCGCGAGCGGAGGACGGGAGCAGUGCCGCUUAUGGCGCGUUCAGCACGCAAGAUAUCGAGGCUUUUGGAGCUGUAGCUCCCAAGGCUCCCGCCGCAGACCGCAGAUUUCGUGCUGUGUUGUCUGCAGCUUUCGUUGCCAUGGCUCUUACCGCAGUCAUCCUGGUCGCGACUUCGUCGUCCCGGGAAAACGUCGAGGCCGCACAGUGGACAGAGUUUGUAGACCCUGAGAGAGUUGCACUUGCCCAGGCCCUCAUGCGAGGCAACAGCGCCUUGAGAACUGCUAUCACCACAAAGCUUCAAGAGGUUGCUCCUGCUGCUGCUGUUCCCCCAGUUGGCGGACCAGGUUCAGGAGCUCCUGUCACUGCCCCGGAGGCUCCUGCUGGAGGUGAUGGGUCAGGCUCCGGACCAGCUGCUCCAGCUGGAGCUCAGCCCGUGCAGGAGCCAGGCUUCGUGAUCGCCACCACUGAUGACUCUGCUCCUCCUCCUGUUGCGGAAGGAACCACUUUCCACCACAUCAAGAACUUUGCCGGCACUGAGCAGAUGAUGAACAACGGUGAGGUUGCCGCCCAGGGUGCUGGAGCAGACUUCCAGAAUGGAGAGGUUGUCGGGGCAGGCGUGCAUGUGGCCAGCGGAAUCGGCUCAGGAGAUGGCGUUACCGUCGGAUCCGGAGUGAUCAAUGGACAAGGAGUCACCGUCGGCUCUGGAGAAGGCAUGGGCACCGGCAUGUUCGCAGGAUCCGGCGAGGGAACCGGUAUGAUGGUGGGCGUCGGAUCCGGCGUUGGCUCUGGCCACAUGAUCACGGUAGGAGACGGAUUUGUAGAAGGAAAGGGAAUUCUGGAGAACUACGAGGGUCACGACAUGUUCAUCGUCUCUGGGUCUGGAUCAGGGACUGGCAUCAGUGUGACCGACGGGUAUGGCUCGGGAACCAUGCUCAACAUUGGCAACGGCGAAGGAUCAGGAACCAACGUGGUGGUGGGAGACGGCCACGUUUCUGGAUCGGACAUUGCUGGAGAGAAUGGCGAGCUCUCAGGGGUCGACCUGACAGCGGGACACGGUGAGGGAUCGGGAAGUGACGUGUCGGUAGCCAACGGGACUGGAAGCGGCAGCUCUGUCUUCGUGGGCUCGGGAUCCGGAGAAGGAACUGGAUUCCUGGUUGGCGACUCUGCGUAGAAGGGGCAAGGAAGCUAUCCCAACAUCUCUAUCUUAGUGUAUCGGAGCCAUGUCUGUAUGCCUUUCACUGAAACUGUUUUUUGACUACCACGAGCCUCUGAGGCUCGCAGAGGGACUUCUAGUUUGUUAUAAUGAAAUAUGCUUAUCCUUC